AUGCGGCUCAUGACGGGGAUGGUUGGCAGUCAAGGCGCUGUCCGGCUGGUUAUUGCUAAAUCACCAAUAGAUGCCUUAAGGUUCUACAGCAGUGUCCCGCUUAUUAAGAAUAAUUGGAAACAAGAUACCGUCUAUCUGUAUCAGUUCCCACGAUCGCCAGCGAUGCCAAAUUUGUCACCGUUUUGCUUGAAAGUUGAGACAUUUUUACGUGUGAACAAUAUAAGAUAUGAGGUUAUAGGAUCAUAUCGACAGCGAUCUACACGCGGUUUACUACCUUUUAUUGAGCUAAACGGUAGACAAAUAGCAGACUCUCAAGUGAUUAUUUGGGAACUGCAGAAGCAUUUCAAACUUGAGGUUUGUCCUUCUGUCCAUUUAUUUACCUUUUUCUUGCCGACUAUCCUCUCUUUCAUUACUUUAUCAUAG